CUAAGGCAUUGAUGGAAUUUCUUUGACAGUGCCCACUUGCUUUACGGAGCCUCUAGGAGGAAUUGCCACGCACUGUCAUCGCAUAAUAUAACUACGAAUUUUUUCUUACCUUAGAGUAGAGAGGACUAAACUAAAAAGGAGAACUCUAUUUGGUUAUUAUAUAUGCCCUGCAUGGGUAAAAACGUAUUUAAGUUCUCUGCUGACGGUGCGUCUGACAACACCGGUCUACUGUAUCUGAGGCCGGUCUUUCGGGUUACUGGCGCAUUUUGGUAGUGCCAUGAGGUGUGACAUGGACAAGUCAGCUGGUAGUGACCACGGCGCGGCCCCCGACAACCAAACGUUUCUGGCCCAGCGCAAGCAGGAGAUGAGAACUGGGUGCGGCGGUCAGCUCCUCUCCCCGACCAGUAGUGAGGACGACAGCUUAGGACGAGAACGGCCCUUACAUCUCACCAUGUUAGACAUGACGACAAAUGUCACUUCAAGCAGCUACAGCGAGGCGGACGAUGUGCACAGUGAUGAUGAAAUCGAGUCCGUAGGUACGGAAGAUCCUCUGUUGAACAUGGACCCCCGGCUCCAUGGGGGAUUCGGCUGAGUUUACUACCAGCACCCCACGUGUCAAGAAAGAACAUGGCAGUGAGGAAAAGAGGCAGUUAGACAGCGAAGAGGACGGUUCAGAUGGGGAAUGUAGGAGCGGUAAGAAGUCUGAUUCUGGUAAGAGCAAUCUUGUCAAGCCCCCCUAUUCCUAUAUCGCUCUGAUUACCAUGUCUAUACUACAGUCUCCCCACAAGAGACUAACACUUAGCGGCAUUUGCGAGUUCAUCAUCAACAGAUUCCCUUACUAUCGCGACAAAUUCCCGGCCUGGCAAAACAGCAUCCGUCAUAACUUGUCUCUGAAUGACUGUUUUGUGAAAAUUCCCCGGGAACCAGGCAACCCCGGCAAAGGUAAUUACUGGACCUUGGAUCCGGCCAGCGAGGACAUGUUUGACAAUGGCAGUUUCCUGAGACGACGAAAACGGUUCAAGAGACAGGCUGAUAUAAUGCAGCAACCAACAGCUUUUAUGGCCGCAACGGAUCCUUUCUUUCACUCCCAUGGGUUCCUGCCCAGUCCCCACCAUACGAGCGCCGGCGCUGGCUUCCACUACCACCCUUACCUGGCUCACUUGUCACCGCACCUCCCUUUGAUCUCCCACGGGCAGGGCCUUGGUGGCGAGUUAAGCCGAGCAUCACUGCCACCUAUGCCACUGUGUUUGUCGACAGCUCCAAACUUCGCCUCCUCGUUGUCAGGUGUAGCAUCUUCCCCAAUUCAGACGAGUUUGUCUUCUACUCCAACAUCAAACAGUUAUUCCAGUACCAAAACGCCAUUUUCCAUAGACAACAUUAUAGGCUCUACCAAAGAAAGUGCGAAGAGGAGCAGCAUAUUGUCUUCAUCGCCGUUAGCCAACUCGUUUAGACCUCCAUUGACUUCUAAUUUGUCAUUGUCUGUUCCGUCUUCUUUGAGUGUUUUGAGGAAUGGAUUAAUUGAACCAGUGCGAGGAACUAGUAGUGCUUUUUCCACACCAUUGCCACUUGGCAUGUCAGCAAUGACGGCACUAGACUUGGAAAAAUAUCGUCAGUAUGUGCAAUCCUGUUCAUUAGCGGGCUGGCCCCGUUAAGUGAGGAAGUUACAUUACAUGUGUAACAUUCAGUGGUUGACAUUUGUUUGUUCUAGACGGUCAUAAUAUGGGUUUCAAAAUGAACAGCUUUUACUUUGACCGUACAGGGACUUCAACACUGAGCUCACUGACUCUGAAUUUAAUAUCUGUAUGUCCGGCAAAACAAUCGUAACAUUCCUUAUCUGGAUUUCGCAGGUGUGUUUUAAACUUAAAACGUCGCAAUAGCAUUUCAGUGCCAAACCGACGAUAUGAUAUGUGUAUGCGUAAUAAUUUAUUAAGUCGUCUUCCUGAUAUAUAUAUAUAUAUAUUGUAUGUCUACGCCGAUUUAGUUACAUAGAUCACUUUUCGAUUUGAAAGUAUGUUGUGUAUUUAACGUGUUUGCAAUGUUUUCUAAAGGUCUUGGAAAAUUGUUUUCUUGUGACGACCGUGGCGAAUGUUUAACAUAUUGAGUAAUUACACGUGUAAGCCUUCCAUGCGUCACAUUGCAUUCUUUGUAUUCCUUGGUCGUUUAGCGAGCAUCUGGUAAAUUAAUUCACGUAGUGAAUCCCCAAUAGGAACUGUUGGCAGUGAUGAAGACUGUAGGUUGGUUAAUGUAGUUAGCAGACUUUCUUUAUGUGUGUUUCGACUCUGCUUCAUCACAAGUUCUGGUUAUACGAUACCAAAGCUUUAAUUUAUUUCGUUAUGCAAGUAUACGGAAAACUGUUAUUAUGAUUUUACGCGCACAAUAGUAUUCUUAAUUGAUUGCAUUUAGUGUUACAUGUAAUAUGAAACCAGCACAUCAUACCUAUGAAAUUAUACUAGAAGCCGAAUGAUUUGUCUUUUCUAAAACACUGUUAAUCUUUGAGAGUUUCGGCUAAUUUUUAUUAAUAAAUAGUGCUACAGUCAACAGUGUUCCAUUCAUAAUGAGUGAAAAUCCAAGCGCAGGCGAAAAACGGGAAUAAAUUGUUAAUUUUCUUGACAAGAAUAUCCUCUUAGGCAUUGUAUCAAAAAUACAAUCUUGUUUUUUCAACAAGAUAUACACGUAUAUUGGUUACUCUUUUGACUAGCUCAUUGAAAGUCUUGUGCCAAUGUCUCUGAAUACAAAUGCAAAGAAACAAGU